GUGCAAAUAGCCGGUAGCGGGCCGUUUGAACCAUCAAGGCAAUGCAUAUGGCUUAGUCCGCUCGGUGAGACCGGUGCGCUCCUGUCUGGGCGCGACGGCGGUGUGGCGGUGGGUGACCGACCGGGCGGCUCCUGCCUGUGGCCAGCUCGCUCGCUUGGUCCUCUUGUCCUGACCACCGCACUUUCGCGGCUAUAGCCAAAGAUGUGCUCUGCCAUCGAGGUCACGGAGAAGCCCAUGGACGUCAAAGACGUUGCCGACAGGACAGGAGAUGGCGACAUGGUCACCGUGAGGUCGGAGGCUGCGCUGCUCUUCAAAGGCUACGGCCAGCGGCGUGACUUCGUGCCGGCCGCAGCGGCCAGGGCCAUGCCGGGACUGCGAGACCAGAGGAAGAAGCGUCAGUUCUGUGACGUCGUGUUCCGGGCUACCGAUGGCUCGGAGAUCUGGGCGCAUCGGUUCGUGAUGGCUGCCAAGUAUUCUGGCUGCUGCGAGCUCUUCACUCUCGCCGAGAGAGGCACGAGUCCCGAACAAGAGUGGGCCCCGCCCAUCCGGGUCACAGUGGAAGACCUGGACAGCGAAAUGAUCCAGGUGCUCGUCGACUUCGCCUACCGCGUUCCGCUGCACGAGAGCAUCGGCCUGCACAAUGUCGCCAAGGUGCUCGAGCUGGCCGAGAAGCUGAAGAUACUCCGGAUUAAGAAUCACUGCCUGGACACCCUCAGGCAGAAUCUCGAACCGGAGAGCUGCUUGGACACUUACCAGCUGGCCUCCCGCUGCGGAUACGAAAACCUCGCCGAAGAAGCUUUUCGGCAUCUGCUUCGCAAUUUCGACGAGGUGUGGAAGAGCAGCGCCCAGUUCCAGGCUCUGACACCAGAGGAGCUGCGUACCAUCCUGGAAGACGACCGCCUCUACAGUACCAGCGAGGUGGUGCACACGUUCAACGCCAUCCUGAAGUGGAUCUCCGCCGACAUGGAGAAAAGAAAGAGCUACCUCGCCAAGUUACUGCCGCUCGUGCGCUUCGCACGUGGUUCGGUCACGGACUUCGAGAAAGUCAUCAAUCACCCACAAGUCCAGGGCGACGAAGACAGCUUGGAGGUGCUGAAUGCAAUUUACCAGACUCUGUCCCAGCGGUCCAUGGCGGUUGGCGAAGUUGCCGGUGUCGACCUGUCCCCAAGGUUAUGGCUCACGCCUCGCGUGCCCAAGGACAUCCUGUUCCUCUUCGGCGGCUGGGCAGGGGGCGCCACCAACGACAUGCUCACGUACAACUGCAACACCGCCAAGUGGCGCGUGAUGGGCAACCAGUGCACCAUGCCCAGGGCGUACCACGGCGUAGCAGUGAUCGACCAGUGCAUCUACUUCGUGGGCGGCUUCAACGGCCGCGUCUGCUACCACUCGGUCGUCUGCUUCGACGUCUCUCUGGCCAAAUGGAGCGACAAGGCGAACAUGAAUAUGUCGCGCUGCUACGUCAGCGUCGCCGCUCUCCAGGGCUACAUCUACGCCAUGGGCGGUUUCGACGGCAGCUUGCGCACCAAUACAGUGGAGCGGUAUGACGUCAAGAAAAAUCAGUGGUUCAUGGUGGCUGACAUGAACGACGUCCGAAGCAACGCCAGCGCCGCGGCGGCAUGUGGACGCAUCUACAUUGUGGGCGGCUACACGGGCAGAGAGGUUCUGGACACCGUGGAGUGCUACGACCCAUCGACCGACGUCUGGACCCGGGUGGCGACCAUGUCCUCGCCGCGUAGUGGCCUCAAGGCGGUCGCCCACAAGGGCACGCUCUACAUCAUCGGCGGGUACAACGGUUCCCAGCGACUUUCCUCAAUGGAGCAGCUCGACCUGAGGAAAGUUCACUGCUCAGAAUUACCCAGCAUGCGCCGCGCCAAGAGCAACUUCGCCGCCGUCGUACUUCAAGGCUGUCUCUACACAAUUGGAGGCUUCAGUGGGAGCAAGACUGUACCGCUGGUCGAGCGCUACGACAUCGCCACCCGGAAGUGGUACACGGCGCCCGAGAUCGCCGUGAAUUGCAGCGCGUCCGCCGCCUGCAUCGUUUACGACGUCACCAACCCUGCCUCCUGGGUGUAGACCUCCACAAUACACGAGUGUUGCGGCGCGAAGCACGGCCAUGGCCCCCUGACGACCCGCAAGCCUUCAGGAAAGCGCAGCAGGAAAGCGCACCGUGUAGGCCGAUGCGCGAAUGGCGAGCGCGACUUCGUCUUGGCGUUAGAACGGCUGAAGGAAGCUGCCAUAAAAAAUAUUAGAAUAAAACGAAAUCCAAAAUAAAAUCAAUAAAAUAUUCCGGUAGAAAUCGUCGAUAA